AUGCCAAAAAUACUUUUCUCAAAGAUAAAGAUUUACGAGUUUAAAGACCUGAUUCGAAGCAGGAAAAGACCAAAAACGCUGGAUGUUCUUCUGAGCAGGAAAAAGCAAAAAAGUGAUAUUCAGUGUGUUCUUGUACAGGAUGUUACUUGUGUGUCAGUUUCCUCUGUUUCCAGACAUCAAGAUAAAACAUCUGUGCCAACUCUGGAGAAUCUCCUAAACGACAAACAGGGCUUGUCUGCUUUUAGGCUGUUUCUUCAGUCAGAGUAUAGCGAGGAAAACAUCGAGUUUUGGUUGGCCUGCAGAGAAUAUAAGAACGCUACUUCAACGAACAAGCUUUCCCACAAAGCGGCCGAAAUCUACGAUGAGUUUCUCCACCCGGCGUCAAAGAAAGAGGUCAACAUCGACUACCACACUCGGGAGAAGAUUAAGAGGUCACUGCUGGAUCCUGACCUCUCUUGCUUCGACGAGGCGGAAAUUCACGUGUACAGGCUGAUGGAAAAGGAUUCGUGCCCCAGGUUUCUUAAGUCGCAGGUCUACAGGGAACUCCAGACCAAACCCAGGAGCUUGUCCUGUUGA